AUGCCCAAAAGAAAGGUGGAAGGGGAUGCUACAGCAGAUAAAGCCAAGCUGAAGGACGAGUCACAGAGACGAUCUGCAAGAUUGUCUGCUAGACCUACACCUCCAAAGCCACAACCCAAGCCUAAAAAGGCCCCUGCAAAGAAGGGAGAGAAGGUACCCAAGGGGCAGAAGGGGAAAGCUGCUGCUAGCAAGGACGCAAACGUUCCUGAGGAAAAUGGAAAGGCAAAAACGGACCAGGCACACAAAGCUGAAUAUGCUGGAGAUGCCAAGUGA